UAAGUUUUAGCUUUCUCCGUGCUUUUUGGGCUACCCAAGCCACCGUACAGUUAUGCUGCGUUCACACCGAACGGGGCGCUCGGUGUGAACGCAAUAGACGGUCAUUCAUUUUUAAAGCGGCGGCUCACUUGACCGCAGUGUGUGUCUGCCGAACCCCUGAGAGUUCGAUCGAACCCAGGUUAAGAACCACUGGUCUAAGCAAAGUUUUGUUAAUAAUUAGUAAUGGCAGCUGUCAGCAACACAUUUGAAAAUGUGAAAGCGACCAUCUUGUCAGCUCAUGAAAACACCACAGCAGAAUCAAAGGUGAACUUUUACAACUCCUGGGCGGAGAACUAUGAUCAGGAUAUCGCUCUUCUGGAGUACCGUGCACCAAGUCUGGCAGCAAACAGCAUGUCCUCCCAUUUCAGCGGUGAUCGUGAAGCUGCUGUAGUGUUGGAUUUAGCCUGUGGUACAGGACUGGUGGCUAGACAGAUGAAGAGACAUGGAUUUGGACAUUUUGUGGGGAUUGAUGGAAGCGAGGCAAUGUUGAAUGUGGCCAGAGAGAGCGGGUUGUACCAGGACCUGAAGCAGUCCAUGCUGGGAGACGAGCCGUUACCUGUCCAGAUGGGUUUGUUUGAUGUGGUUGUGAUCGUUGGAGCAAUGAGUGUUGGUCAGGUCCCGGUUGGUGUCGUCAGAGAGUUGUUCAAGUUCACCAAACCAGGUGGCCUUGUUUGCAUGACAACUAGAAGUAACCAUGCCAACUUGGAAUACAAAGCCGCCCUGGAGCGUGAGCUGAAGCAGAUGCAGGACGAAGGGCUCUGUACUUGUGUGGAGGUCACUGAAGUGAAGGACUGGGAGAGAGGGGUGUCGGAGCAGGAGGACGGCUACAUAUCUGGUGCUGUGUACAUUUAUAAGAAACUACAAUUUUAGCCCAUUGCAGGACAACAAAGAUGUGUCAUCACACCAGCAGCGAAGGUACAAAACAAAUCAUGAAGAUAGAAAAUGGUCAAAUAACUAAUUUGGAUCUUUCUUUUAUUGUUAGUCCCUUAUGGACCCAGAGUUAAAGAUGUGGCGCUUCAUUCACCGAUGUUAAUGUAAGACUUAAAAUGUUCAUUACUAAAUGUUUCAGUUUCACUUUAAACAAUAUUAAUGGAUUGGAACAUGGAUUGUGAAAAUACUGUUAUUAGUUGAAUAAAAACCUACUCUGUUUAUUUCUACAUUGAAACAUUUAUACAAACCUUGUGACAGUGACUAUUCCCAGUGAGAGGAUAUGGGCUUCAAGAAUAAUAGAUUUGAUUGAAGUUUAGUCAAGUUUGGAUAUUUGUAUUCAAUUGUCAACUUUUAUAUCAAUUACACAUGAACAUAAACAGUGAAUAUACUCUAAUAAGACACCCAAAAAGCAACAGGAGAGCAACGCCUCCAUCAAUGAGACACUAUCCUCUAAAUUCGUUAUUUUACCUGCAUUUGGAUCUGAAUCAAAGUAAACGUGGAAGAUAAUCAUGGCGUGUUCAACAUAAUGAGAGUUUUUGUUAAAUAAACCACA